AUGCUUGGCUCUUCAACCACGAACGUUGAAAUUUAUCCAGUAACCCUUGCAGCAGUGAACGGAAAAUUUGACAUGAACAUUGAACUAACGAAAGUCCAUAAGCCUCAACUCCUUACACUCGAUAACCCUAAGUACGAAAAUCUGCUAAGUAAAUACAGUCACCUCAAAGGAGUCAAGAUUGAAGAUAACGACACAAGACCUCAAAUUCCAAUUCACGUAGUCUUAGGCGCCAGCGAGUAUGCCACAAUCAAAACAAGUACCGCACAAAGAGUGGGAAAACCUGGGCAGCCUGUGGCCGAGAAAACGCUUCUUGGAUGGACCUUGAUGUCACCGGGAAGAGAGGAUGUUGGUAGUCCUGCGCUCCUAACGCAGUCAGCCUUAACAGAUUAUGAGCAACUGUGUGCCCUGGACGCACUUGGCCUCGCUGACACUUAUGAGAAAGACCAACAGGCAGUUUACGAUGAAUUCAAAGAACAGCUUGAGAGAAACCCAGCCGGCUGGUACCAAACAAGGUUGCCAUGGAAAGGGACCCACCCUACACUGCCAACAAAUGAAACUGGAAGAAUUGUGGAGCCAGCACCUGACAUUCCAACUGGAAAAGAGUACUAUAUCCCGCAUAAAGGAGUUGUCAGAGAGAAUGCUGAAAGUACCAAGCUCCGAAUUGUGUACGACGCGUCAGCAAGAGAGAAGGAUAACCAGCCAUCCUUAAAUGACUGCCUCCACCCAGGGCUUCCACACCAGAACCGUCUGUGGGACAUCCUCGUAAGAUCGAGAUUCUACCCAGUACUUCUAACGGGUGAUCUUAAGAAGGCAUUUCUGCAAGUUCGAAUAAAGAAAGAAGAAAGAGAUUCCUUACGUUUCCACUGGAAACCCCCAAGCAGUUCCAAAACCACCAUCCUUCGUUUCACCCGAGCCCUAUUCGGAAUGACGUACUCACCAUUCCUCCUCGGUGGAGUUAUCAAUAAGCAUCUCAACACUUGGGAAAGUCAUCACCCCAAGCUGAUUAAAGAAAUUCGUGAUGGUCUAUAUGUUGACGACCUAAUGACCGGUGGCGAGACCGUCGAGCUCACUGCAGUGAAGAAAGUCAUAACCACAGAAGUGUUUAAAGACGCCACAUUCACCGUUCACAAAUGGCACUCUAACGCCUCAGAACUAGAAACAACCAGUGACCCAUCAUCUGAAGAGUUGUCAUAUGCUAAACAGCAACUUGGAGGAACAAAACCCUCAGAAGGCAAACUGUUAGGCCUUCCCUGGAAUAGAGAAGAAGACACGAUUAGCGUCAUCAUCCAGAGCGACCAGACCGAAACGACCAAGAGAGGAGUGCUGUCUCACCUAGCCAAAAUCUAUGACCCUCUGGGACUAGUGUCACCGGUAACACUUAUUGGCAAACAGCUCUACCGCGACAUUUGUGACAGCAAAGUAUCUUGGGAUACUCAACUUCCAGGACCGUUUCUGAAACGCUGGAAGGACUAG